UCGCUGGAGGAAGAAGGCUCACGCGCUGCGAGCUCCAAGUGCUCCUUCCUUUGCAAGCAAUCCGCGAGCGAUGGCGCUGGGGCGCCACAUUUGUUUCGCAAAAUCAUCUGCAUGCUUGUCAUCUCCUUCUUUAUCUUUUCUUUCAACUGCCGCGCACUUCCUUCAACCCCCCAAUCUUUUCUUUUCUCACAAGAGUGUGAAGUCGCCGCUGGCCAUGUUGGCUAGAGUGAGCCAUGUUGCUAGGUUUCCUGGCUUCAGGCGAUGCGAGAGAAGCUUGUUGCACUCUAUUAGGUGCAAUGCUUCAUCCUCAGCGCCACAAACGUCUGAGAAACCGGAGUCUAAGAACUCAAGGAACCCAAGGGUCUCAGAAGGGGGCAGGAGGAAGAAAAGCGCUGAAGUAGAUAGCACAUCUUCCAGGGAGGACAUUCGCACUCUCCGCUUGAAGAAGGUUGAAGAUCUUAGGGCGGGAGGAUUUGAACCGUAUGGCUAUACAUGGGACAGGACGCACACAGCUGCUGAGCUCCAAAAACAGUAUGUGGACUUACCCAGUGCAACAGAAGCUAACGAAGAGAAGGACCAUGUGGCCGUAGCAGGUCGCAUCAUUGCUCGGCGAGUGUUUGGAAAGCUUGCCUUCCUCACGAUGCGAGAUGAUUCAGGAGACAUUCAGUUGUAUUGUGAGAAAGCGAAACUAACCGACGAAGCCUUUGACCAAUUGAAGACUUUAAUGGAUAUUGGUGACUUCAUUGGUGCCAAGGGCACAAUGAAGAGGACGGAGAAAGGAGAGCUGUCUGUGCUUGUUGGAGAGCUUUCUAUCCUCACCAAGUCUUUACUCCCUCUACCCGACAAAUGGCACGGACUUACUGAUGUUGAGAAGCGGUAUCGCCAGCGGUAUGUGGACAUGAUUAUGAAUCCAGAUGUUGCCACUGUAUUCCGUGAUCGGGCUAAGAUCAUCUCAGAGAUACGAAGACACAUGGAAAGUCUCGGAUACCUGGAAAUCGAAACUCCAGUUCUUCAGGGAGAAGCUGGUGGAGCUGAUGCAAGGCCUUUUGUGACUCAUCACAAUGCUUUAGGACAGGAUAUGUAUCUCCGCAUAGCCACCGAACUUCAUCUAAAGCGCAUGGUGGUGGGAGGUUUUGAGAGGGUGUAUGAAAUUGGCCGAAUUUUCCGAAACGAGGGCAUUUCAACACGUCACAAUCCCGAGUUCACAUCUAUUGAGCUAUAUCAAGCGUAUGCCGACUAUGAUGACAUGAUGAACCUUGCUGAGGAGAUCGUUGAAAAAUGCGCACUAACAGUCAAUGGCAGCCUUUCCCUUACUUACCAGGGCACAGAAAUUUCUCUGCAAAGGCCAUGGAAGCGGGCAAGUAUGCAUUCACUGGUAGAGGAGGUCACUGGCAUUAACUUCGCUAGCUUUGGUGAUGACAUAGAGGCAGCAAAAAAUGCAGCCGUGAGUUUCUUUGCAGGUCACAUUGAGAGGCAUGACACUGGGACCAUCUUAAAGGCCCCUUCAAUAGGCCAUCUCGUCAAUGAGGUGUUUGAGAUGGUAGUGGAAAAGACUUUAAUACAGCCAACGUUUGUGAUGGACCAUCCCGUAGAAAUUUCACCGCUGGCUAAACCACAUAGAAGUAAACCUGGGCUUGUUGAAAGGUUUGAGCUUUUUGUAUAUGGUCGGGAAAUGGCUAAUGCGUUUUCAGAGUUGACGGAUCCCAUUGAGCAGAGGUCGCGAUUCGAAGCACAAGUGCGAACGCACAAUGCUGCAAUGGCCGCUGCUGCUGAGGCUGCAAAGGCUAAGGGCGACACUGCACUUACGAGCGCUAUAAAUGACGCGUAUGAGGUUGGCAUGGACGAGGACUUCGUAACUGCGUUGGAAUACGGAAUGCCUCCGACUGCUGGAAUGGGAAUCGGAAUCGACCGCCUGGUGAUGCUUUUGACAGACAGUGCAAGCAUUCGGGAUGUCAUCGCUUUUCCUGUGAUGAAGUCUCAAUAGAAGUCCUCUGUCGGGCAUGGAUGCUAGACAGGGAUUCAAUUUUGUACUACUCAGUUCUGGGUCGAUACAGAGCAUGGAUGGAAUUUAAUUUGUGUUUAUCCUCAACAUUUAUGAACACAGAGAAAAGAAUCUUUCUUUGCCUAGUA